CAGUCACACUGAGUUUUCAUCCUCACACGAUAACCUAGAAAACAAUUAAUUCACUGAAAAUCAGAACAAAGUUAAAUUUUGACAAUGUUUUCGCAUAGUAUUUUUCUUGUCUGAUAGAUGGGGGUUGGUGGUAAUUUCUGGGAGCUGCUAAAGCCCUAUGCGCGUCGCGAGGGUUUUGAUUUCUUGAGGAACAAGCGAGUUGCUGUGGACCUAUCAUUCUGGAUUGUUCAGCAUGAGAAUGCUAUGAAGGCCACUCAUGUCAGAAAACCUCACCUCAGAAUUACCUUCUUCCGCACCAUCAAUCUCUUUUCCAAGUUUGGGGUACUUCCUGUGUUCAUUGUUGAUGGGACUCCUUCGCCAUUGAAAGCACAGGCCAGGAUUGCAAGAUAUUUUGGGUCUUGUGGCAUUGAGCUGACUAGCUUGCCAGUCUCUGAAGGUGUUUCAGCAGAAAGGAGCAGCCUGUUUUCAAGUCGAGUUCAAGAAUGUGUGGUUUGUCAAUUUGUUUUCUGAUAGUUACCUGUUCUCCUGUUAUAGGAACUGGUCAAACUACUUGGAAUGCCUGUACUACAGGCUAAAGGAGAGGCCGAAGCACUCUGUGC